UCCUGAUUCACACUCCAGCCCAGUCUGUGGCGGUAAAGCACCGUUAAGUUGGUUUGCCAACUAGCAUAAACAUAAAAGAAGAAGAUAUUUGCUCUGUUGGCCCUGGGACUAAAAAAUUGAGUUAAACCUGUCCCUUUACCUUACACAGCUGUCAAACAUGGCGGUGAACACAAGCACGUCCCUGGUGUUGUCCAGUCUGCUGUCGGUGCUAGUGUUUGCAGGAAUGCAGAUGUUCAGUCGGCAGCUGGCCUCUUCAGAGUGGCUGACAAUCCUGGGGGGCUUCCUGGGAUCUGUGCUGUUUGUCUGCUCUCUUACUGCUUUCAGUAACCUGGAGAACCUCGUCUUUGGCAAAGGCUUCCAAGCCAAAAUUUUCCCAGAGAUUGCCUUGUGCCUGUGCCUCUCUCUGUUCGCAUCUGGUUUGGUGCAUCGCGUGUGUGUGACAACAUGCCUGAUCUUCUCUGUCUUGGCUCUGUACUACAUCAACAAAGUGUCAGCCGCUCUUUACCAGGCUGCACCCGCUCCGACUCCCACCAAACCCACCAGCAAGGGCAAAAGGAAGAACUGAGUUGCUUACCUCAUCCCAUUAUUAUCACAGUCACCCAUUCCUCUUCCAUAUCGCAGUGUGCUGAAGAGUCAAAAUCUGAUGUGUCUGCCAACAGCAGACUUUUUUUUUUAUCCAUUCCAUUCACACUGGAAGGUGACUAAACACAUAUUGUCAUAGAUGUGUGAUUUUUGGUUCUGUUUACAAUUUUUUUUGUUUAAGGGGUUUGUUAUUAAAAGUUUAUCAAAAGAA